AUGUUCAGCAAUUUAAACGAUCAUCUGAUUUGCGAGCAACUUCUUUUGCCCACUCCUUUUAAGGGUUUGAAGUAUCGUAUUGCAAGCUAUACAACUGAAUGCAUAAUGGAUGAAAGAUCUUUAAACGUGAUCAUCAGUCCAAAGACCUCAAGAUUGAUCGCUUUCGGUUGGAAUUGGUCCUUGUUCAUGUUUAUUGAUCUUGGUUUCGUUCAAAUUUACAACUUCCAACUUCCUUGUAAAACAACUCACUUUGAUUACCAUAAAAGGAGCCAAUUAAGAAAACGUGUAAAGUUCACCACAGCUGAUUAUUUGCGGCAAUUUCGGCUUUAA